AUGGAUGCAUUCUCCAAGGCUAUUUCUCCAGAUGGAGAACGCAAAACAAAUCAACCUGGCCAUCGCUACCCGAGAAGCUUCAUACUAAAUCACUCUGGCGCGGAGUCUAUUAAGGAAAAGUUGCUUUCCCAGUUAGAAGAAUUGAUUUACAGAAAUUUGGGCAGCUGGUCCAAACAUGAUUCCGUUGAACUUAAACGUGCAUUUUCAAUGAUGGUGUGCAAGUUUACAUCAAGGCAAAUGUUUGGACGUGAUGCUGAAAGACUUCGACAAAGUACAGCUGAGAAAUUGACCAACUUUAUACAAGUUCUCAUGUCAUUUCCUUUGAAUAUUCCCGGAACAAGAUUUCACAAGUGCCUUGAGGAAAAAAUGGAAGUUACAAGUACAUUACGGGAGAUAGUAAAGGAGAAGCAGGCUUCACAUGAUGAUAAGAUGCAUGAAGGGGACAUUCUUAGUCAAUUGGUGAAAGAUAUGAAGACGGAAAAAUUUGCACAGGAAGAUUUUGUUGUCAAGAUCUUAUUUUCUACUUUGUUUGCCACCACUGAAACAAAUUCUUCAAUAAUUUCAUUAGCUCUCAAACUACUUUCUGAAAAUCCUUCAGCAAUAGAACAAUUGCAGGUUGAGCAUGAAGAAAUCCUUAGGAAUAGACCAAAAUCAAGUUCUUCAGUCACUUGGGAUGAGUACAAGUCGAUGACAUUCACACUCCAAGUAACACCUAUUAAUGUCUUCAAGUUUCAAAUUAUGCAUUAUGGUUUCUAUCCUCGGUGUUUGCAAAAGUCAUACAUGUGUUUAUAUGCAUUUUUAUGA